AUUGUUGGACGAGGAACCCCGCGCUGGAGCCCGUACGCAUGCGCAGUAGGGCACCUUGGGGGCGCGGACAGCAAAGCGGCUGGACGGAGGGAACGCGAAGUCACAUCCCUCUGCGUUAUAAACAGACGCCACACUGCAAUUAGAACGCGUCUGCUUUCUGUCCGCGAGGACGUGGUCCUGGUACUGUUUUUGUUUGGAUUCGCUCGCGUGGCGCCUGAGAAAUGGCGGACAAAGAAGAGGAGCUGCGGGGCGCGCGGUGCCCACCGAACAGCCUGCCAACCAACCCCCCCCAUCCCCGCCGGGGUCAAUGCGCGCUCUUGACUUGUGACGCCCCUGGCUGUCUGUCUCGCGCAGUGUACGACGACGCCGUGGAGGAGCGAGUCAUCAACGAGGAGUACAAGAUCUGGAAGAAGAACACGCCGUUCCUGUACGACCUGGUCAUGACGCACGCGCUCGAGUGGCCGAGCCUCACGGUGCAGUGGCUGCCCGACGUGAACAGACCAGAAGGCAAAGACUACGCCGUGCACAGACUGGUGCUGGGAACACACACCUCAGAUGAGCAGAACCAUCUGGUCAUCGCCAGCGUUCAGAUCCCCAAUGAUGACGCGCAGUUUGAUGCCUCGCACUACGACAGCGAGAAGGGAGCAGAAUUUGGCGGCUUCGGCUCAGUCAGCGGGAAGAUUGAAAUUGAGAUCAAGAUCAACCACGAAGGUGAAGUGAACCGGGCCCGGUACAUGCCGCAAAACCCGUGCAUCAUCGCCACGAAGACUCCCACCUCCGACGUGCUGGUGUUCGACUACACCAAGCACCCCUCGAAGCCAGACCCCAGCGGAGAGUGCAGUCCUGACCUGCGUCUGCGGGGUCACCAGAAGGAGGGUUACGGACUGUCCUGGAACCCCAACCUCAGCGGCAACCUGUUGAGCGCCUCCGAUGACCAUACCAUCUGUCUGUGGGACAUCAGUGGUGUCCCAAAGGAGGGCAAGAUAGUGGACGCCAAGACCAUCUUCACUGGCCACACAGCUGUAGUGGAGGACGUCUCUUGGCACCUCCUGCACGAGUCGCUCUUUGGCUCUGUCGCCGACGACCAGAAGCUCAUGAUCUGGGACACAAGGUCCAACAACACGGCAAAGCCCAGCCACUCGGUGGACGCCCACACCGCCGAGGUCAACUGCCUGUCCUUCAACCCCUACAGCGAGUUCAUCCUGGCCACAGGCUCCGCAGACAAGACAGUGGCCCUCUGGGAUCUCAGGAACCUCAAGCUGAAGCUGCACUCGUUUGAGUCUCAUAAGGACGAGAUCUUCCAGGUCCAGUGGUCGCCCCAUAAUGAGACCAUCCUGGCCUCCAGCGGCACAGACAGGAGGCUCAACGUCUGGGACCUCAGUAAAAUAGGAGAGGAGCAGUCGGCUGAGGAUGCAGAGGAUGGUCCUCCAGAGCUGCUGUUUAUCCACGGCGGGCACACGGCGAAGAUCUCCGACUUCUCUUGGAACCCGAACGAACCCUGGGUGAUCUGUUCCGUGUCGGAGGACAACAUCAUGCAAGUGUGGCAGAUGGCGGAAAACAUCUACAACGACGAGGAGCCAGACACACCGGCGUCGGAGCUCGAGGGCCAGGGCUCCUAAGACCCCGCCCCGCAGCCCCCGUUGUACUGCUGCUCCGAUUCCCCGCUCUCACGUUCCAGCAUUCCAAGUCGUAGGUGUUGAUGCAGCUCCAUCACGCAGCCACUCGAUCUGGUGCACAACCCACCUGCGGACCCGUCUCGAAGCAAGAGUGGCGUCUUCACUGUAUAUAGAGGCACCAAAGUUGUUGUUGCACAGCAAAGUUAAUUAUUGAGGACAUGACUCCCUUCUUUUGGCCAGCUUUGCUUUACAACAAACUCAGCGGUUCCAUGAUUUCCUUCAUUUGUAACUAACCGCCUCCUGCCCUUUUAGUUGUUACUGAAAAUGGGAGUGUAUGGCAUUUAUUGGUUUUUCCUUUGUUCGUUUGUGCAAAAUCCGGUACAAAAUGCAAUAAAGCCU